GGUGUUCCAGUUUGCUUUAGAGAUUCGGGUCGGUUGCAUCUACUCCGGAACAAUCGUUCUAAUAUAUUCGGUUUAGAGUUCAGCCAUUAGAAAUGUACUAUAUGCCACGGUAGGAACAGUGAUCAAAUUGUAAAAUGAGAAAAAGGCUGUACCUAUUUCUACAGCUGAACAUAGCUGUUGUUCUAGCACAGGAUAUCUUCGGUUUCGGAGACUAUGACGAGGGACCAUGUGGCCGCUGGAAACCCGGCGACGUUGAUCUCCGUUCGUUCGACCUAAUUCGCGAGUUCCACCUGGAUCAGCUGCAAUCCAACAGUCACCAUGUGUACCGAAUCGAGGGCACCAAUGUGCAUCAAACGGCUUACCGGUUGGAAAACGAAGCCAAUCUUACCAUGCGCACGGUGGAAGCUUUCCCCAUGGGACUUCCCCAUCAGUUUUCGUUGGAAUGUACCUAUAGGACCGAGAGUGAACCGGUGUCGGCUUGGCACCUUUUCGAGGUAACGAACGAACUCCAGGAAAGUCAGCUGGCGGUGACGAUGAACCCUGGACGGCAGACGUUGGAGAUCGGGCUGCCUGGCUUGGAGGGAGAUCUGCAGGUUGUGGAGUACCAUCAUUCGGCGUUAUUCGAUCAACGCUGGCACAAGAUCAUGCUGGGAGUAACGAACGACUACCUCAAUCUCUGGGUUGACUGUCAACCGGUACGGGAUGUGGAAGGAAAUCUUAAUGCCCCUCUGGAAGCACGAGGACGUUUCGAUACCAAUAAUGGAUUCGUUUCGAUGUCCCGGUACGCGGAAACAUCGGUUAUGGAGCCGGAGUCCCCUACCGUAGACCUCCAGUGGAUGGUGAUGAACUGUGAUCCAACACGUCCUGCUCGGGGAAAUUGCGACGAGUUGCCGCUGUAUGAUGUGGCACAUGUGGGACACCGACCGCCUCAUGGAGAAGAACCGAAAGCCGAUUGCAAUGCGGUUUGCCCUCCAGGGUACAAUGGAACGGACGGAGCUCCUGGUCGUCCAGGUUCUCCAGGUUUGCCAGGGUCCAAGGGAGAACCCGGUUCCAACGGAAGGCGGGGUCCUCCUGGGCCACGAGGACUGGAAGGUCCACCAGGGAUUUCCGUCAAGGGUGAUAGAGGUGAAAUGGGACAAAAGGGAGAACCAGGUGUAGCGAUGGCUGGUGGUGGCGUUACAGUGAUUGGGCCACCUGGUUUACCGGGUCCACAAGGACCACCCGGAGCUGGAAUCAAGGGACAGAAGGGGGAGCAAGGCGAGUUGGGACCUCCUGGGCUACGAGGUGAGUCGAUUCGAGGUCAACCUGGUGUUCCUGGAUUUCCGGGUCCAGAAGGGCCACCAGGACUAGGGUUGAGAGGAGAAAAGGGAGAUCGUGGAGACACUGGAUUGCCUGGUCGUGCUGGGGUAUCCGCACCAGGUAUCCCUGGAGGGAAGGGUGAAAAAGGAGAACCGGGAGAUGUAACUGCUGCAAUUGGAAUACGAGGUGAAAAGGGGGACAAGGGUGAUAGUGGAGUACGGGGACCAACUGGUAUUCAAGGGUUGCCAGGUUUGCCUGGUCCCGCAGGACCCCCAGGAAUACCGGGAGCACCUGCAACAGAGAGCAGUUACGCUACCGGAAAUUUGGGAGUAACUAUUCCUGGGCCACGUGGGGCACCUGGCGUACCAGGAGCUGCAGGUCCACCGGGGCCUCCAGGUCCUCCAGGACCAGCAGGAGAAGGUUCCUCGUCAGGUGGAGGCAGAUAUUUUGAAAAUUUCAUGUCAUAUGGUCAUAGGGGCCCUGUGGGUUACACUGGGCUUCCCGGAGAACGAGGAGCCGGUGGCGAUCGAGGUCCAGAAGGUGGAACAGGGCUGCCGGGUGUUCCCGGGCAAGACGGUGCUCCAGGUAUGCAAGGGUCUCCGGGUGUUCCCGGGCAACCAGGAGCUCCAGGACUUCCCGGAUUACCAGGGAGAAGUUAUACCGAGUCUGAGGUGCGGGACAUUUGUGCAGCUGUGCUGCGGGAUCAGCUUGCAGAAUUAACUGAGGGAUUGAUUGGACCUCCUGGGCCUCCAGGAGUAUCUAAAACUGGAAAACCAGGAUUACCCGGUAAACCUGGACCAAAGGGUGAUCGAGGAUAUCCGGGUCCACCAGGUGAUCGUGGCUACCCUGGAGAGUCCGGUAACCCUGGUGUUCCAGGCCUUCCUGGGGAACGUGGAGAGCCUGGAUUAGAGGGACGACCAGGAUAUGAUGGCGUGGGACGAGAUGGUCAUCCUGGAGCCAUGGGUCCACCAGGUCCUCCGGGUCGCGAAGUUCAAGGGUCACCUGGUCGUCAAGGAGAACGGGGAGAAACAGGAAAACCAGGUGUACCAGGCCUGCGAGGCGCCCAAGGUGUUCCGGGUGUAUGCCCUAAUGAUUGUUACAUGGCUGCGGCAGCUGCUGCACAAAGCUUCCGCGCCAAUCAACAGACUAAAGGGCCGGUGUAUUAGUAGUACGUAGAUUAGCUAUUAAUUUCCUUACCGCUAAUUGCUGGUUAAAUACAAUAAAUUCUGAGGAUAAUGAA